CAAUUUGAGCUCAUGAACAUUAAAAAUUCCAAUAAGAAUUUCAUCUCUAAUACAUUUCGUGCCGUUGCUUUGAAAAUAUAGAUCAAUGGUUUUUUCUCUUUCCCUAUGAAGUGCAUUAAUCAUCCCCCAAAAAAACACGACCGUUGGACACAUGAAAUCGUAGGUCACGACAAUUCAAUUGUUUUCAACAUUCAACAUUUUUUGAUACCUUGGUAAAGCACACAGACUUUCCUAGAAUAUAUUAUUGUAUAAGCGAUGGAAAAUCAAAUAGGAAAACCAACGUACCGAAUAGUAAAUUGCCAUGAGAAGGAUGAUGGUUUACAGUAUUUUAUUACGAUAGACGAAGCGACAAAAGAAUGGAUUCAACACUUGGAACAUAUAUGGAAACUGUGGAAAAUGUGUGAUGGCAUAAAAGCAGCACUGGUGGAGUAUUUUUCAACUGCACCAAAUCCAUACUUAAGUGCAUUAAGAAUUGUAGUAAAUAUCGCAGAUUUUAAAAAAGCAACACGUAAACCGUCACUAGUGUAUACAGUUAUAGAAGAACUUGCAAGCUGGCUGAAGUCAGAAAAAGAAAGAUAUAAAGAAUUUUUAGUAGUAGAUUUAAAAAUAGCUGUAUUUCGGCUAAUAGCUGAGCAUACAAGUAUGGAAUUAUUCCAAUUAUUUGCAAAUACAUACGAAUUCUUAGAGGAUAAAGAAAUUUUUCUUACUUUUAUUGAGGGAAUGAUUGCAGAAAAAAGGUUUAAGCCAGCUGCACAAUAUGCAACUGUAUUAAAAUUACAAAAAAGAUUUAUAGAUGUAGAGGUUUUAUUGUUACCACUUAUUUUACAAAAUAAGUUGUCGCUUGUCGAUGAAUUUAUAGCCGGGGAGCCAGAGCUCCAAAUAUCUUUGGUCCAGUACUUGGACAGUUUAAUCACUUCCGAUAUGAAUAUGAAAUUAAUUAAAUUUAUUUCAGAACAUAAUAUACCGGAUAUAAAAAUAUCAACUACAGAGUGUAAACCAAUGAUUAAAUUGGUGGCACGUUUUGUUAAAUUACACAAUCUGCCACACAGUAUUUGUCAAAAUGUAAAUGAUAAACGAAACGAAGGUGCUUUGCACUUUCUCAUUCACAAACGUUAUAGUGAUUAUAGUUUAAGUCAAGCAAGUUGGAGGGAAAUGGCUCAGGAAGCCAUCGGAAACAACAAAAAAUUACAGCUUGACUUAUUAAGAUUACUAGUGAAUGUAAAGGAUGCUAGAGAAGGUUUAUAUUGGGCUAAAAAAUUUGAUAUACCUAAACAACAAUGGCCGUGGGCCAUUACAUAUGAAGCUGAACAAAUAGAAGCCAACGAAAUGAAUCAAGGAGCUUCUACUAGCAAAGAAGAAACGCAUGAUUGGUAUAACAGUGAUUCCAUAAAUUAUCACGAACUAUGCUUAGAAAGGAAUUGCGUCACUGUGGUAGAUAAUUCACAAAAAUUUGAAGAAUUUCUUGAUAUUGGUUUGAAAGACGUUUUUAUAGUGGGAAUUGAUACUGAAUGGAAACCAAAUUUUGGUUCAACACAAACGGAGUUAGCACUCAUACAAAUCGCAACAGAGUUUAAAGUUUAUAUUUUAGACGUAACCGUCAUGGCAAAUACGGCAAAUGAUUUAUGGUCGGAGCUCGAAUUAACAUUGUUCGAGAAUCCAAACAUAAUUAAACUUGGUUUUGGCAUAAAACAUGAUUUGGAUAUGAUACGUGCUCACUUGCCGUGUUGUGCAAAUGUACGAGGAUACCUCGACAUUGUGCAUUUGUGGCAAAAGUUAGUAGACGAAUAUAAGUUUGUAUUCCCAAACAGAACAGAUGAUCCAUUUUUCAGAAAAAAUCUUAGCAAGCUCGUGGAGCUUUGCUUUGGGCAAGGACUUAAUAAAUCAGAUCAGUUCUCUAAUUGGGAACAACGACCCUUAAGAGAAGGGCAAAUCAUAUAUGCAGCGCUCGAUGCAUAUUGUUUAUUGGAAAUAUAUAAUGUUUUCGAAACUCAAUGUGCUCGACUAAAUAUACCGUUUAGGAAUAUAUGCUUGGAAAUACAGAACAUUCCACAUAAAACUCUAAAAAAAAGUACAAAGUCACAUACGGAUAAGCCGCGUGUACCAAAAAUUGAAAUACAGAAGUAUUACUGUGAAGAUUCCAGACAGAGAUGCGCAACAUCGAAACCACAAGCACUUAUGAAAGUGGACACCUCUAUAAAUAGUAUGCCAUUUGCACAAGCAAAUCCGUUACGAAAGUUGAGGCAAACAAAAACACCAAUCUACGAGUGGAAAGUGAUUUGUGAUUCAAUACUAUCUGCCUUGUGUACCAAGUUACGAACAUGUGGUUGUGAUUGCAUUCGUUUACCAAUCGAUGCUGCCAUACAUAGAGCACAACGUGAUGACAAAUUACUGUUAAUAAGUAGUACCAAUAAGGCUGCACUACCACCACAUGGCGUAAACUAUUUUGUUGUGUUUGAUAACUUGCAAUUACAACAAUUACUAUCUUAUCAUGGUGUUUUUGUCACUAGAAGGGAUAUAUUUUCCCGUUGCAAAGUUUGCAAUAGCUUGGAAUUUACAAAAAUUUCGAGGACAGUAAUGAAUCAACUUUUUGAAAGGUAUAAUAGACGGAACGGCGUGAAAAUUAGUAAUAAUAAUUUUGAUACACCGACUUUGUCGAACAAUUUUAUGUAUUGUACGAUCGAUGAACGCCGAUGGAUGUUAAGUAACAAUGCCAUAAAUGAGGACACGUGUACGACCAAGUAUAACGUACCUAUUAAGCUCAGAGAAAUAUCGACAAAUUUCUUAAAAACGGAACCAUACUUUUAUGUUUGUCAAAGAUGUGGAAAAGUAUACGAUUUGGGAAGGGUUUUCGAAAAAACGCUACAUCUUUACAAAGAUAUUAUUGUUGAUACCUAAGUCUUAUUUACAUAUGACAUACUGUCGAGGCUGUACUCAAAAUCGAAGAAUGCACAAAUCAAAAAUGAUAUUCGUUGAUCUGAGUCAGUGGCAACUGUUCCUACCGUGUUAUGAUGUUGGUCAUUAGCGUAUUAUUAUAUUUAGUCUUGAUAAUUGCUACUUUUU